GAAAAAUUUUAUUUUUGUAAACAUUUAAAAUGGCGGCUUGCAGGCGAAUAUCAUGUUUUGCGAAGAAAAGUCAAACAUAUUUAUUUAAACAUAGUGCAUCGUAUUGUACAGCCUCAAAUUCACAAGUGAAGCCUGGAGCCGCUCCUAAUGAAAUUGUUAUCCCUUAUCGUGUUGAAAGAGGACCAACAGAUAUUUUAAAAGCCUUAGCAUCCACAUUGUCUAAAGAUUAUACUGCUCCUCUUUAUAAAUAUGAAGAUGAUCCAUAUUUUAUACCAUCAAGCAAUAUUACUAAACGUUCAUUUGCUCUUUCAAAAGAAUCAGGAAGAAAAGCUGCUCGUUAUUUUCUUGAAAAUUAUCCUGAUUUAUUUAAAUGCAACAAGUCAGUUCCUCAUAUAAAAGCUUUUGACCCACCUAUUGUAUAUACAGAAGAGAAUGUUACGUCUGUUCAAUCUUUGAGAGAUUGCAUAAUUGAUUGCCAUGUUGACAAUUCUAUACUUGUUUACAAUAUUUUAAAGAAAAAAGGUAUAGAUGUAAGUCAAGAAUUAAAGCAAGAUCUUUUGGAAUUACUAUGUUUUUAUAAUUGUAAGCAACCAGCUUCUGAAGAAUAUUAUGAGGAAAGAUUCUUUGCCAGAACUGAUGCAAGACCUGAAGCUAGAUGGGAUUCCAAAGGAAUGGCUGAGGAAUUAUUCAAAGAAAUGGAACAAGAUAGCCGGGCUUAUGGUGCUAUGAUUUCAGGUGCAGCGAAGUUCCGGGAUGUUGAUAGAGCCUUAUCUUUGUUUGCUGAAAUGAAAGAUAAAGGCCUACCUGGCACAGUUGAAGCAUACAACAGUUUAAUUUCAGCUAGCAUUUUAGCUAAAGAAACUCCUCAGUUACGGUUUGAUUAUGUGCAACAAUUAUUAGGUAAUAUGUCUUCAGAUGGUUUGCAACCAAAUUUAUAUACAAUGAAUGCCAUUUUGGAGGCAUUCAUUCAAGGAAGAUGGAGGAAGGCAAUGCCAUACUCUUUAAGUGUUCUAGCUGAAAUGAGAAGACUAAAUAUUGAACCAAGUUUAGGGACUUAUUAUUCAUUGAUGAUGAUAUUUUGUUCUUGUGAUUUUUCAAAUGCAACUAUUUUAUAUGACAUUAUGAAGCAUUUGGAUGGCAAAGAGCUGGAAAUAAGGCAUCCUACAGAUGUUUACUUUUUCAACACUGCUAUGGAAGUGUGCUUAAAGAGCUUAAGAGACAAAGAACUUGGAUAUAGAAUUCAUAACCUACUUGAAUUCAAGAAUAAUUGCAAACUUCUGGGUAAUUCUUUCUCAGAAUCUCAAUAUUUCAAAUUUUUCUUCAAGCUUUUAUGUCAAACAGAAGAUGUGGACAAACUUAUGGAUAUUUAUGAAAAAUAUGUUCCAAAUACUUACACCCCUGAACCAAGUGUAACAUUGGCUAUAAUUGAAGCUAUUCACUUCAGCGGGAAUUACAAGCAUUUACCAAAAAUGUGUUCAGAUGUUCUAUUUUUUGAACAAAAUGAGAGAGAAAACAUCUUGUCUACCCUUAUGGAUGCUGCAGGUUGCAUGAAACAUGAAGAAAAGGUUCAAGAACAUUUAGUAAACAUGGUUUGGAACAUUUUUGAAAAAUUAAAUCAAAGAUCUGAAGGUAGAAGAAGACUGCCUUUUGACUGGACUGGUGUCCUUCUUGGAAAUUUUUUGAAAACUUUCAUGAAUGGAGAUAGUUUAGAAAAGUCUUGGGCUGUAAUAAAGAAACUGAAAGAUGAAGAAUAUAACAUUAUAGGAUAUCCAGAAAGUAAACAUCUUCUUAAGUUCUGUGAACUGUGUUUGAAGAAUGAAGACUAUAAUAAGCUUUUGUAUUGUAUAAAAUAUGCAGUGAAUAGUUCAUAUCCUGAUUUUAAGAAUGAUGUUGAAAAGCUAGCCAGUGAAAUGUUUGAACAAGAAAAGCUUCCAACAAAACAAAGACCUCUUGUAAAUGCUGUGCUUCAAAGUGCGUCUAAUGUGGGGGAGGAGACAGACACUUCAUCUAGUGAAAGUUCGAGUGAUGACUCAUCUAGUGAUGAAGAUGAACCUGUAAAAAAGGACUCAUAAUUAAAGUGUACAAAUUUUAAAAAUAAAUUUUUAUGUAUAGAUAAUUUUAU